CUUCAGGACAAUCUGCAAGACUUAAAAUGGCCAAAAACACCAAUAUUCGAAUCAGUCUCCCAGCAGUCUGCUUUGUCUGGCAGAUUGCAAUGAUUAUCCUGUUUGGUGUGUUCAUCCGUUAUAAUGAGCAGUCUGACACUCACUGGAUCGAACACAGAAGAAGGAAAAAUAUUUCCACAAAUUUAGAGAAUGACUUUUACUAUAGAUAUCCAAGUUUUCAGGAUGUGCAUGUGAUGAUCUUUGUUGGUUUUGGAUUUCUAAUGACCUUUCUGAAGCGUUAUAGUUUUGGUGGAGUUGGCUUCAAUUUUCUCAUCGCAGCUUUUGGAAUUCAAUGGGCUCUGCUGAUGCAAGGCUGGUUUCAUUCCCUGGAUGAAAAUGAUGGAAAGAUAAAAAUUGGGGUUGAGAACCUCAUUAAUGCAGAUUUCUGUGUGGCCGGCUGUCUCAUUGCAUACGGCGCUUGCCUUGGAAAAGUCAGCCCAGUGCAGCUGAUGGUUCUUACUCUAUUUGGAGUCACCCUGUUUGCUGUUGAGGAGUACAUCAUUCUUGAACUCCUACAUGCAAAAGAUCCUGGUGGUUCCAUGGUCAUCCACACUUUUGGAGCAUAUUAUGGUUUGACCAUAUCUUGGGUCUUAUAUCGACCAAUGCUAUCGCAAAGCAAACAUUUACAAGGAUCUGUUUACCACUCUGAUGUGUUUGCAAUGAUUGGAACUCUCUUUCUUUGGCUGUACUGGCCCAGUUUUAAUUCUGCUAUUGCAGAUCAUGGAGAUGGCCAGCACAGAGCUGUUAUAAAUACCUACCUCGCACUUGCUUCCUCAGUUCUCACUACCUUUGCCAUUUCAAGUAUCUCACAGAAACAUGGAAAGUUUGACAUGGUACAUAUUCAGAAUGCUACCUUGGCUGGUGGUGUUGCAAUGGGAACAGCUUCAGAGUUCAUGAUUACCCCUUACGGCUCUCUGAUAGUGGGAUUCUGCUCAGGCAUAAUUUCCACAUUUGGAUAUCUCUUUCUGACUCCUUUUAUGGAAAAAACUCUCAAGAUACAAGACACUUGUGGAAUACAUAACCUACAUGCAAUGCCUGGAGUUAUAGGUGGUAUCGUUGGAGCAAUUACUGCAGCUUCCGCCAGUGAAUCGGUUUAUGGACAAGAAGGGCUGAUUAAUACUUUCGACUUUAAGGAAGCUGUUGCUAACAGGACAGUCAACAUUCAGGGUGGUUACCAGGCAGCUGCUCUUUUUGUGGCAAUAGCAUUUGGCCUUGUAGGUGGAGCUUUGGUUGGUGGCAUAUUAAAGCUGCCAAUCUGGGGAGACCCAGCAGAUGCCAAUUGCUUUGAUGAUGAAGUUUACUGGGAGGUUCCUGAGGAUGAGGAUGAGAAUAUUCUCUCUAGACAGCCAAACAUGAACCACGCAAGAGGCAUGCCAGAUGCAUAUCAACGGAGUCAUGUGUAAGAAAAAGAAAAAAAAAACACCCUGAAAAACUUCACUUCCUGCAGAACUUCAACUGUGAAUGAUGUUUGAAUAAGAAUUAAGAAGGGUUUACAGAUUGAGACUAGAUAAUAACUCAAUGGAAAUGUUUAAGUCUGUCAUGUGCUGUGGGUUGUACAAUGUCAUAAUCCUAAAGCAAUUUGUCUGUAGCACCUGACUAACCAGUGUUGCCACUGCUACUUCCAAAAAAACGAAUCCAAACGUGUUUAUUUUCUUUUUUAAAUGCUUUAUAUUCCUACACCAAUGCUCUGAAACAUUCUUAUCUUUCUUUGCAGUCUAACUAUAUACUGUAUAUCAGUUUAAUAUUAAUUGCAUUUUCUUUUUGCAUUACUACUUAUAAUAAUUAAUCUACAGAAAAGAACAAGGUUGAGUUGUUAAAGCUAUAGCCUACAUGAAAAGUUAACUACCCAUGUUAUUUAACCUCUCUAAUAAAGUCAGGGUUUGUUUGUUUGUUUGUUUGUUUUUUUGUAUCAUAUAUCAGUUUUGUUGUUUUUUGAGCACUGAAGGACUUUGACUCUACAUUGUGAUUGGCUUUGACAGGUGAAUUUGCAUAUUUGCCUGAGUCCUUUAUUUAAAGGAACACUCUGUGAGCAAAUAAACUUCCUACUGUCAUGAAUGUUGAGAGCUACAUAUUCAUCAAAACUGUUUGGGCAAAAGUCCAGUUCAUUAAAAUAAUAAGUGAUCAUUCCCAUUAGACACCAUCAGAUCAGUCUUGGAAUCAUUCUUUACAUUUAUUGACACUAAAAUCGUUGUCUACAUA